AUUAGAUUUUUUUUGUUGGCUCUAGGAGAUCCAGCAAUUCCGGUUCUUAUUUUUCUCUCAAAAACUCGUAACUACGAGUGGUUAAAUCUUGGUUGCGGCGAGCUCUAAAGACUUAUCAAUGCCGACGGAGCUUGAAGAAUUGCUGGAUUUUUUAUCUGCCCCUUCUCCUCCGGUGAAAAGGGCCGCUGUGGACAUUGUUCGUAGCUUAACUGGGUCUGAAGAUGGUAUAAAGUCCCUUGCCCAAUAUUCCAAAGUGGUUCUGCAGAAACUAUCUGACCUUUUGGGGGAUCCAAAGGAAGUAUCAGAACCUGCUGCAGAAUCACUUGUAAAUUUAUCACAGAAUUUAGAUCUGGCAGGCCAGAUGGUAUCUAUAGGAAUGGUUAAGAAAGCCAUGGACCUCUUAUAUAAGCCUGAGUCUGCUAUUCGAAGAUUGCUGGUUAUGCUUCUAGUAAAUCUUACUCAGCUGGAUGCUGGUAUUGCUUUCUUACUUCAGGUUGAAGAUGAGAAAGUGCAGGGGCUUAAUGUGAUGAAGCUUGUGAGGUCGUUUUGUAGAUCUCCUGAUGGGAGCAAAGAUGAUCCAUUUGAGCAUGUUGGCUCUAUACUUGUGAACAUUUCAAAGAAAGAAGCAGGAAGGGAAAUUUUGUUGGAUCCCAAACGUGGACUUUUAAAGCAGAUAAUUAUGCAAUUUGACUCGACCAGUUUACUACGGAAAAGGGGGGUCUCAGGGACUAUUCGAAAUUGCUGUUUUGAUGCUGAAAAUCAGUUGGCAAACUUGCUGUUAACAUCAGAAUUUCUUUGGCCGGCUCUUCUAUUGCCUGUUGCUGGAAACAAGGUAUACAACCAGGAGGACACAUCCAAGAUGCCUUGUGAACUUGGAAAUGCUCUCUCAAUUGAGCGUGAUAGAGUUACUAAUGUUGAGAUUCGUGUUCAAACAUUAGAGGCAAUAUAUCUGAUUGUCUUACAGGAAGCUGGUCGAAGGGCCUUUUGGUCAGUUAAUGGUCCAAGGAUUUUGCAAUUAGGGUAUGAAGAUGAGGAGGAUCCAAAGGUUAUGGAAGCCUAUGAGAGAGUUGGCGCCUUGUUGGUUGAUACGAGUGGGACAGAAUAAUGGCCAAGAACAUCAAUAUACAUGGACAUGUCAAUUCAAGAAUUUGUGUUCGCAAGGAUAAUUAUACUUCUCCAUAGGGUAUAAUUUUCAAGCUCGGACAUGUUUUUUAUCUUGUAGAAAUUGAAAUCAUGUUAUUGUGUGAAAGAUCUGAAAAUUGGUUCAUCGAUGCCUCUCAUGUUAAGUGUUGUGAUAUUAUCAAUUACCUUGACAGCUUGAUAUUGAACAAUUUAGAUACUUUAUAUAUGCA